AUGUCCUCGCCGGCCCAGCGCGAGCGCACCAUUCGCUCCAUCGUGUCCCAGCUGACAGACCUCUACCUGGCCAACCGCACCCGCAUCUCCCGCGCCGUCUACCUGACCCUCUUCGUCGCGCUCAUCAACCGCGUGCGCAAUGCCAUCGCCGAGCAAAAGGCCGCGUCGAGGCGCGAGGCUGACCGGCGCAGGGAGCGCGGUGGCACCACGGCCGGGGGGCAGCAGGGGGAGGAUCUUGCUGGGGCAAAUACGGACAAGAACAAGAAGAAGAAGAAGAAGGUCGAGCUCGACCGGGAGUUCUUCCGGAGCCUGCUGCGGCUUCUGAGGAUCGUGGUGCCUGGCUGGCGGAGCAAGGAGACCAGGCUGCUCAUCAGCCACAGCUUCUUCCUGGUCGUCAGGACUCUGAUUAGCGUCAAGGUUGCUGCUAUGGAUGGUGCCAUCGUCAAGGCCUUGGUCAAGGGCCACGGGAAGGAGUUUCUGAUGAGGAUCGUGUGGUGGAUGUUGAUCGCCGUGCCGGCUACCUUUACGAACUCCAUGCUCUCGUGGCAUCAGGCAGAACUGUCCUUGAAAUACCGGACCAGGCUCACCCAGCACAUUCACGACAAGUACCUGUCCAAGCUGACCUUCUACGGCAUUUCGGCCCUGGACGACAGGAUAAAGAACCCUGAUCAGCUCAUAGCGGUGGACGUUGCCAAGUUCUCAAACAGCCUGGCUGAGCUGUACAGUAACCUGGCCAAGCCGCUGCUCGAUAUGACAAUCUAUACAUGGUCGCUUUCCAGCAGUGUAGGGGGCGAAGGCGUCAUGUUCAUGUCUCUUCUCGUCCAGCUGUCUGCGAAUGGUAUGCGCGCACUCACACCGCCCUUCGGCAAGUACGUGGCAGACGAGGCGAGACUAGAAGGCGAGUUCCGCUUCCAGCACUCGCGGUUGAUAGACCACAGCGAAGAGGUGGCGCUGUAUGCAGGCCACGAGGUCGAGAAGGACACCCUCGACAAGGGCUACUUCACCCUCAUCAAGCACGUCAACUACAUCCUGCGGCGGCGCUUCUACCACGGCUUCAUGGAGGACUACGUCAUCAAGUAUUUCUGGGGUGCUCUGGGCCUGAUGCUCUGCAGCGUGCCAGUCUUUGUCAAGUUCCCGGGCACCAUCACCCAGAACAUGGGUGACAGGACCGAGACAUUUGUGACCAACCGCAGGAUGCUGCUGUCUGCAUCGGAUGCCUUCGGGCGCAUCAUGUUCUCGUACAGAGAGGUCAUGGAGCUGGCCGGAUACACGUCGCGGGUGGCCACGCUACUGGAGGUCAUGGAAGACAUUCAGAAUGGCCGCUUCGAGAAGAAACUGGUGUCCAGCGCGGGCACCGAGGGUAACGAGGCCGUUCUCAAGGGCAGAGGAAAGGUCGUGGAGAGCAAGGAUAUCGAGUUCAUCGACGUCCCGAUUAUCUCUCCCAACGGUGACGUCCUCGUCAAGGCUCUCUCCUUCUCGCUCAAACAGGGUGAUCACCUCCUUGUCGUGGGCCCCAACGGCUGUGGCAAAUCCUCCCUGUUUCGGAUCCUGGGUGGUCUCUGGCCCGUUUACGGCGGCACCGUCCACAAGCCCCCCUUCACCGGCAUCUUUUAUAUCCCGCAGCGCCCUUACCUCUCGCGCGGCUCACUUCGCCAGCAGAUCACAUACCCAGACGGCCUGCGCAUGACCCGCGCCAAGGGAGUCACCGACGCUGACCUGCUUGGAAUCCUCAAACUCCUCAACCUCGAGAACCUCGUGACUCUGUACCCGGAGGGCUGGGAUGCCGAGGCCGAAUGGCGUGACGUGCUGUCGGGCGGGCUGCAGCAGCGCGUCGCCAUGGCCCGCCUCUUUUACCACCGCCCGCGCUACGCCAUCCUCGACGAGUGCACCUCAUCUGUCACCCUUGAUACUGAGAAGGUCAUGUACGACAACGCCAAGGCCCUAGGAAUUACCCUCAUGACCGUCAGCCACCGGCGGAGUCUGUGGAAGUACCACAGCCACAUCCUGCAGUUCGACGGCCAAGGCAACUACGUCUUCACCAGGCUGGACGCCGACAGGCGGAUGAAACUCGAGGACGAGAGGGAGGACCUGGAGGUGCUGCUGAGGCAGGUGCCAGAGCUGGAGAGGAGGAUGGAGGAGCUGACCUCUGCGUAA